GGAGCAGCAGCACGUCCCGCGCUGGGAGCACUGCGCGUCCCUGCCGCCGUCUCGGAGGCUCCUGGCCGCAGCCACUGCGCGGGGCGACCUCAUCUGCUUUGUGCCGAGUGCCUGUUCUCGUCCUCCUCGUUUCGCUGUCUUUCGUCCUCGCCCUGACAUUCUUCCUCGUCCUGAUCCUUAUCCCGAUCCACACCCGGGGCCCAGCAGCCCGCCGGGGGCUUCCUGCUGCUGGUCGCUCCCAGCAGGGCCAUGUCGUGGCACGCCCUGCAGAAGAGAGUCAGGGGGCUCUUCAGCAGAAGGCGACAGCAGUCGCCAUACAGCAGCCCGUCUGGGCAGCCCUGUGCCGCCGCCACCGCCGCCUCCGAGCCCAGUGAGAGGGUCCAGGGCGGGCUGCACCGCGGCCACCUGGCCUGGCCGAGGUGUUUCAAGAGAGUCGGCACCGACGGGAGAGACCAGCAGAGCCGGUCAGUUCUGUGGGCCACGGAUGGGACACCCUGGCUGCUUCUGGCAGGUGCUGCCGCGGCAGCUUCUGAGCCAAGCUCCUCUAGUCCUCGGCAGCCUUCUCUUAAGGAAAAGGCAGACCGAGAGCAUCAGCAUAGUGCGACCAACCCCCCUGGCAGCUUUGGAUGCCACGUGGAAGCGCCCGCCCUUAAGGCCGUGUGUAGCAUUGCGUUCGAGCUAAUGGCCUGAACAGCGAGAUUUGUCCUGUCAGCUGGGAGACACAGCGAGCUCUAGAGCUUUUCGUGGCUUGUAGCUGCCGGGCUGGCUCGAGCGCUGUUGGAAGUGCGUGCUGCCGGCCUGCCACUUCGCCGUGGUCUCUCUGCAGGGCUGUUUUGCAGCUGCUCAGACCUCACCCGUUCUCUUCUGCCCUGUGGCUGAUCAGCGCAGGAUUGCAGCAGCCGCGAGUGGCAGGAACAGAGUCCGGGCAGGCUCCCCAGGGCUGCGUAAAGACGCAAAUUCGUUCCGUCUUUUGUCUGUGUUGAGACCGUCUGUUUAAUUUUUAGGACACCUCUGGAUCUCGCUUCUGCGAAUGGCCAUGCAGAUGUCGUUAGAUAUCCAGCACAAAAGAACUGCCAGCUGAACCUUCCUGAAGGCAUCAAGAGAAUUCCACUGAUGAUGGCAGCAGAGCACCAGCAAGAAGAAUGUGUGGCUAUUCUGCCAGAACACGGUGCCGACCCAAAUCUGACGGAUGCUGACGGCAACACUGCCCUUCACCUGGCUGUCCUCUCUGGUAAUGCUACUGUAGCAGGGCGGUUACUUGAGCAUGGUGCCAGGAGUGAUGCUCAGAAUCAGGUAACCUUGGCAUGUGGGUGAAGCUGCUCUUUCAAACAGGUGCCGAACUUGUCUCUGUUUUUCUAAUGGAGAUGUUCUCUCCUUUCAGGGGGGAUAUACCCCGUUAGAUCUUGCAGUCUCCAAAGAGCAUGAAGAGAUGCUGGAGUGUCUUGUAAAAAAGGCAGCUGACAGGCAUGCUGCAGAGCAGUGUGAAAGGACUGCUCUUGCGGUUACUACAAGCCAUUAGGCUGAUGUGGAGGAAGACAGUCUGUGCUUGCAGAAGGAGCUGGAGAGGGUUGAAGCGAAGUUGCGGGAGAUGGAACAAAAGUUUCUUCAGUCAGAGCGUUGUGUUUGUGACUUGAAGACUGCCUUGGAUAAGAAGGAAAGAGAAGCAACAGCUUCUGCCCAGAAACUGCAGGACCAGCUGUUGGCACACGUGGAGACUGUGAAACGACUGGAAGAACGUGUGCAGCGCCUUGAAAUUGAAAAGACCAGUUUGGAAGGCACUGUCCAGCAACAAAGCGACAGGAUUGAAGCCCUGCAGAGAGACCUGCAAGCCACUGCCCCAUUGCGGGAGAUGGAACAAAAGUUUCUUCAGUCAGAGUGUUGUGUUUGUGACUUGAAGACUGCCUUGGAUAAGAAGGAAAGAGAAGCAACAGCUUCUGCCCAGAAACUGCAGGACCAGCUGUUGGCACACGUGGAGACUGUGAAACGACUGGAAGAACGUGUGCAGCGCCUUGAAAUUGAAAAGACCAGUUUGGAAGGCACUGUCCAGCAACAAAGCGACAGGAUUGAAGCCCUGCAGAGAGACCUGCAAGCCACUGCCCCAGUUGGAAAAGGUUGUGAUGACUGAUGGGAAGAAACGAAGAGUUAUUGAAAAGAAAGAAGAAGAUUCCGAGCUUGAAGAAAUGAAGAACUUUUAUGCGGAAAUAACCCAUGAAGUUGGUAGAUUGAGAACAAGGGUGAGCUCUGCUUAGCUUGGCGUUUGUUUGCUUGGGGUGUUACUUCUUUUGAACCCUGUGUGACACUUCUCCUGUAUUUCUUGUCGUGUUGAUGCCUUUUUUCCUUGGCUGUAUUUUGGAUUUGAUUGACCUUUCUCAAUGAUUUUCUACUGUUAGAGAAGGAGGUGACUAUAACUAAUACUGAUGUAGUUGUCAUUACGGGUAAAGAUGCAAUCCUGAAGUGCAAAGCAGCAUCUGCAAUGGCACAGGAAGGGCAGACUGUCCUGCAGAGGAAGGGCAAGCCAAGAGUGGCAGCAAGGCUGGCAGGGUCCGUGACCUCACGGGCCAGGGAGCCAUCCCGCAGGCGCUCACCAAGAGGAGCAGAACAGGUCCCGUGACAGCAGGCAGGGUCAGCCAAGAGUGCAGAUCUCCCGGCCGGGCCUUAGGGAUGGGCAGUUCUGCCGUCCUACCAGGACAUCACACCCAUGGGUGAGGGUCAGGGCUGAGAGCAGCGGGCCUCAGCCCUGGCCCGGCUGCAGUGUGAGGCUGUGGCAGCAUCACCUAGGCCUGACAGACGGAUUCCUCCUCUGGAAGAGAGGAGAGGAACGCUGCUGUUGCUCGCACAGCAAGAAGAACCCUUGAGCCCUGUCUCAGGCACGAGUUCAGCCAGAGGCAGUUGAGACUUUCCUUUUCUGAAGAGCGUUGUUGCUGUGCAGGGUACGAAGAGGAGAGGUGACAUAGGAGAAGUGCUGUAACUUACUCUUCACAGGUAGCUGUUUCAGCCCAUCUUGGCAUGGGGACCCAGCAGUAUUGUUGCCAGAGAUGUUUUUGAGGCUGCUCUGGCUGUUCAGUAGUAGCAUGUAACCUUGAUACACUUCU